AUAUUCAAUUUGUCUGCUAUCUUCAAGUCAGUGGUCUCCGCGAAUAGAGCGUUUCCCCGAAUGCAGCCAUAUUCGGCUGUAUAAACACUAUAAAUAUUACGAUAUGAGAUGAUGACCGGGGAUAUCGGGGGAAAUAGAUCGAUGGUGAAGUUUGUGAAACGUUCAGAAACGCGAAUUUCAGAGUUUUUAAUUGUCGUAGUUCAUGACGUGGCGAUUAUAGAGACAAGAAACGGGUUAAAUUUAGUAAAUAAUAAUACUGACGUACUAUGAGUACGACACACUGAUCAACAUUGUGAUUGAUGCGACGCUCGCCUGUGAUCUGAGACGUAUAGUCACACACACACACACCGCACAUACCAUUCAUACAUAUACACAUAUAACAUUUCUGCAGGUGGCCGAGGGAUAGCCUGAAUCCACGAAAUUCUUUUCUAAACGCGCACAGCCGAAUACAUUUCAAAUGACAAAUACUAUGGGUGGAGCGCACUUAUAUACACCACAAUCCAUCUUACAACAGAUGAUGAACCAACAGAACCUACAGCAGCAACAGAAUCUACAGCAGAUUGGAUCAUGGAUGCAAACACCACAAGUACCACCAAUAACUAUUCCCUGGAGUGUACCAUCAGCGUUACAUCAAUCAGAAUUGGUUAGAUUUACUGGAGAUACCAGCUCUGGACCAAUACUUCAUCAGAAAAGAAAAUUAGAAGCACCAGAUGUUGUAGAUACGCGUCAAACAAAGCAGUUUAUAACAGAAGAAAAAAUAACUGCACAUUUUAAAGAUCUGCACAUUAGUUCUAAUUAUGAAUCCGAGAAUCCGGCGCCAUCAACUUCUACUGUUCAUACGUCAUCUUCCUGUUAUAAGCCAUUAGAUAUGGAUUUGGAUGUCGAUGCAACGAAUGCAUUAAAUACAGAACAAACAAGCGAUCUACAUCCAAGAUUGGUCCUUUCAGAGGAACUCAAGCGAAUGCAAGAGGAACCUAUUUUGCCAUCGACUCUUAUAUCUAAAUUAGAGAGGCCUUCUAUGGCUCUGGUUCUUUGGGAACCACCAAAUAGACAUCUUCGUAUCCUACCAACGAGAAAUACUCCAACGCCAAUCCCAAAUACAUCCGACGACAAUAAUAACAACAAUAAUGUUACUAUUCCCGAUCUAAAUAACAUAUUAUCCAGUGCCAGAUCACCAUUCGAGCCAAUGGAGUUAUGAGAUUCUUUGGUUAGUACUGCAUAUUUUAUCUCCAAAUAUGUUGAAAACGAAAAAGUAUAAAUAUUGUAUUUUAAAUUGAAAAAAGAUUUCAAUAAUCUGCAAAAUGUAAACUAGAGUAGGAUAAGGGAUAAAAUGUGUUUUGCGGUUUCUCCUACUGUAUAAUAAUCAUUUGAGUGAUGCAUCUGAGUGAGUUUGAAACACAUCUCUAAUAUAUUAUUUUCAUAAUCAUGAAUUUCACAUCAUUUUAAUAUGUCUUAUUAUAAUUUCGCUAUUUAAGAUUCCUGAAUAAUCACCACAAUCAUAUUGAAUUGUGACGUCAAAAAUGACAUGGCAAUUUUUAUUACAUACCAUUUGUAAAUAAAGACUAUUUGGAUAAAACAAAAUGAUGAUAUCGCUUUAAAAUAAUAAUAUGUAAAAAUGGACGAAAACUAUGUUUAUCUCUCUCCAGACAGUCAGUAAAUGAUCGUAAAAAGUGAUAAAGGCACAUGAAAGCAUGGUGGAAUAAGAAAGAUAAACUAUUGCGUAUAAUGGCGAAAAAAGAGUGAGAGACACAAAAUGACAACCAAUCUUUGGACUCCAACAGAGCUCACAAAUUUCAAACGCACAUAAUGGUGAUCAGAAAUUAAGUGAUUGAGGUCCAAAGAUUGGUUGUCAUUUUGUGUCUCUCACUUUUUUUUCGCCAUUAUACGCAAUAGCUUACCUUUCUUAUUAUUAUAAGUGAUUGGCUGUUAGCUUCCCACUAUUUUUAGGCUACUGCAUAUCCAUAGGAAUAGCUUAUCUUUCUUAUUGCUACCAUGCGUGAAAGUGAAAAUAUCUACGCUACGUAUGUGUAUUGAGUAAAAGCACUUUCACAUGUCUUUUAUCUACGACACUUUUUAUUUACGAUUAUUUACUGACUAUCAAGAGAAAUAAAGAUAGCUUUCGUCCAUUUUUACAACUGUUUUAAAAUAAUAUUAGCAUUUUGUUUUAUCCAAAUCGUCUUUAUUUACAAAUGGCACAUAAAAUUAACAUGUCAUUUCUCGCUUUUGACAUCACGAUUCUAUACGACUGUAGUAGUAACUACUCAGGAGCUUUAAAUACGGCAUAUACCUUUUUCAUUAUAUACGUAUUCUUUAUUGUAUA